UAAGAUGCAUGCUGCAGGCCUACAUGAGUGGUUUUCUUGAAGGACAGACAUUUAACCAUGAUAUUAUUAAACUACUGAUUAAUAACUUAGUGUGCAUAAUAACAAAAAAACAUAGCCCAAUAAAUUUAAAUGAUUAAAGAUAUAAUAGGUAGGCCUAUAAUACUUUUGUUUUGGACCCAAAGCAUUGUGUGUAAUAUAGUAAAAAACGUAUUUUCUCUUUUUAAUCAGCCUAUUAUAAUUUUACUCGGUUGAAAUGCAACAUUAUGACAGAUUGCAUCAAGAGCUAAAAGCACCGGAUACAAGGAAUGAGCCGGUUAAAUAAAGUAAAACAUAGGACACAGACAUAGCCUGACCUCUCAUCGCCUCUUUUAAGUCCACCCUUUCGUGAAAAGUGUUAAAAUGCAUUGCACUAAUCUGUGAGUGCCAGCUCUCGCUCUGCUUUUCCCGUGUUCACCUGUUGCGAGGCUCGUGCGCUAUACUCGCGAUGUUUUGAAGGCCGCCUGUAGGUGGAGUCAGGAAAACAUCUGGUGAACCGCGCGCUCUCUGUCGAGACAUCCAAUCUAAUCCGCCGCCGCACCGGACACCAGGCGCAAGGCGUCAGGGACGAGGGUAUGAGAGCCCGACGCUUCCGAGACGAGUUAACGGUUGCGAGUAUAACAUCAGAAAGCGUACGGUCUAUAUGAACACCCUAUAUUGUACAAGACCAACUGGGAGGCAACCACGGAGUGCACUAAUGAAGACAUGAAUAAGAAGGGAUGAAGUCAUCUCCUGCGCUUUAUAGCCAGGAAACAUCACCGAUGAAUGAAGUGAUCGAUCAAUCCACCGCUCAAGAGGCCUCGAUGGUGGAGGAAUCGGUCUCGCUUGCUUUCGGCCGUAUGCGCAGAAUGUCGCGGGAGAGGUGUGGAAAGAGGCAGGCUGAGAUCUAUUAAUACAGACAGACCCAUUGAUCAUUCAGCUCAGCUGCUUCACCCAUCAGUGCAGUGCCUGGUUAAUAUUGCCCACUGGCAUCGGGCUAUGGGCGCACCGUACGGAACGCGACGUUGUAAGGGUUUGUUUGAUGAAUAAAUGACAUUGGCGUCUCUCUCGCGUAUCAUGCUGGUGGACCCUCCGCCGUCACGCGCAGCGCUUCGGCUCCUGGAUAUAAACUGAAAUACGGUGCAAUGUGUUCGUUUUGGAAAUUCAAUAAGGUGCGCAAUAAAACACCGUGUGAGUGCCGCGGAGCAUCGGACAGGCUCGCAAUCCACGCCGUGGCCUGUGUGUGAAACGCGCCGGAGAAUGGAGAAGUUCCUGCAGAUAGCGCCCCAUUCCCUGGCCAUAGUGCUGUCGCGGGUCAGCGUGGAGGAAGCAGCCGCGGUCACGGAGAGGCUUCAGCACCAUCACACCGGCUAUGAGAUAUUCGCCGACUUCAAAGCGGAGAACAUGCAGCACUUCUGGAAUAAGAAAGUCACGGACGCCAUAUCGGAGACCUUCUUCUUGGGCUGGAUAGAUGAACAUGUUCUGCUCAUUCAAGGCAAGGAGGAUCAUUUGGAGGUCCUGAGGGAAGGAUGGACACGGAGAGCCCUCAAACCACCGCGGGGCUUCGAGAUCAAGUGCAUAGGUGAUGCAUCUCCAAUCAGUAUGUCACCCAUCAGUCAGUCUCAGUUCAUCCCACUGGGAGAGAUUCUGUGUCUGGCCAUCUCAGCCAUGAACUCUGCCCGCAAGCCUGUCACACAAGAUGCACUGAUGGAGCACCUUGCCACCUGCUUCCCAGGUGUACCCACUCCGAGUCCAGAGAUCCUGCGGCACACGCUGAACAUGUUGGUACGGGAGAGAAAGAUCUACCCCACACCAGAAGGUUACUUCAUUGUUACUCCACAGACCUACUUCAUCACCCCCUCCCUAAUCCGCACCAACAGCAAGUGGUACCACCUGGAUGAGCGGCAUCCAGAGCGACAGCAGCAGCAGCAACAACAACAGCAGCAACAGCUUCAACAACAGCAGCAGCAGCAACAGCCGCCACCUCAACAGCAAUGCACAUCACCACAAUCUGGAACCAUAACUCCCUCCACCUCUGGCUGCGUACGAGAAAGGCCUAACCCUAAGAACCACUGCGACUCCUAUAAUGCCUACCGUGAUGAGGUGCCCAGCAUUCAUACCUCAACAAUUCAAAGAAAAUCCCCAAAAGAACCCAAAGGAGAGCCCCCUUCAUACCUACAACCCCCACCGCCUCCACCUGCCAUUCAGCAUCCACCUGACCCCACCGACAAGAGCAAGAGCAUAACCGCCACCUUCUCUUACAAGACAGAUACACUAACCAAGAAGAAGGAGGGCAGUGGUGGGGGCAGCAGUGAGAGGCAGUCUAAGAAGUUUGGGCUAAAGCUGUUCCGCUUGAGUUUGAAAAAGGACAAGACCAAACAGCUGGCCACCUUUUCAGCACAGUUCCCUCCAGAGGAGUGGCCCUUGAGGGACGAGGAUACACCGUCUGCUGCAGCGAUCCCUCGUGAGGUGGAGAUGGAGAUCAUCCGCCGCAUCAACCCAGACCUGACAGUGGAGAAUGUGGCCCGUCACACAGCUGUCAUGAAGCGACUGGAAGAGGAACGAGCUCAGCGCUGCAAGGCCAGCUCCUCAGCACAGCACAGUGCUCGCAGUCGCCGGAGCCGAGGCCACCGGCGUGUGCCACAUGGGAAGUCACGUUCGCACAGCAAGACACGGGCUUCUCGGGGAGACCCCUCUGAGGGCUCCAAUCUGGACCUGCCAGCAGUCAGCCUGGAGAGGGACUACCGUUUUUUCAGUCACUCUCUGGUACGCUCACCAAGAGAGGGAAUGUACACAGUGGAACGCAGAAGUGGUGGUGCCUACCUUGUCCACAGCAACCCCAACAUUGCUGAGUCACACUUUCCUGUCACCCCAGAGUGGGAUGUUUCGGGGGAGCUUGCAAAGAGGCGGACAGAGAUGCCUUUCCCUGAGCCUUCACGUGGGACGUCACAUUCUAGAGUGCACCGGAGCCACAGCCACACUCAGGACCGCAAGUCACGCAAUGAGCGGCCCGAUAAGGCUAAAGAGCGAUCGCGUUCUAUGGACAACUCCAAGGGCCCACUGGGAGGUGGGAGCUCCACACUUGGCACAGCUGAGGAUUAUGACCGCAGUCCUGAUGACAGAAGUCGCUACUAUACCGAUGAUGGGACGCUGAGGGCCUCCUCUCAAAAGGCCCCACACUACUCGUGUAUCAUGUUUUCUGCUGCCAAGUUCAGCUCUGAAAUGUCUGUACCUGAUAUGGGCAAAAUGAGUCUGGAUGAAUCGAGGCUCUGCAGCCCUCUAGAACGGAACAAAAGCAGGGACAGUCUCCCAGCCUACAGUGACCUGAAGGCCUUGUCGCCAAAGCCUUUGGCUGAUGACUACUUACAGUGCAAUACAUCGAAUGAAACAAUCCUUACUGCCCCACUGACUUUGGGCAAAUCUGACCAUGACACUUUAACCCCAUCUGAUGGAAUCCGCAAGGGCUCUCCAGCUGACCGGCAGACGCCGCACCUCACCCCUCCUCACCCCUUGGAGUACAAAGAGGACUCCUCCACCAAGGGGCACAAUGGUUCUGGCAAACCCACACUGAGCCAGACACCUGAGCCUAUGCCCAAUGGACGUUUGAUACAGCACCAACACAACACUGACCCAGGGGGCGGGGGAGGUGGUGGUAGCACUGGUGGCGGGGUGGACAAGAGGAAAGAGAUUUUUAGUAAGGACACUUUGUUCAAACCGCCACACAAUGUUUUGACUGUGAGCUAUGUGGACAGUGGCUACUCAAAGUCAGGCACUUUGUGUAAGACUCCGCACAUGAAAUCAUCCGAGGUCCUUGACACUCUGGAGACCCAGCAACCACCUAACUCCACCCCUUUGUCUGCAUCUGCCCCGGCACCUACAGGCACAGAACAGGAUGCUCCCUCCACAUCUGAAGCUGCUUUUGACUAUUACAACGUGUCAGAUGAUGACGAUGAGGAGGAGGCAGAGGAGGCCUCCCGUAAAGAGGCCGCCCCAACAGAAGCAAAAGGGCGGGCAGGGGCUGGAGACGGUGGUGGAGGCGGCGGGACCAUGCAGUGGUUGCUUGAACGGGAGAAAGAGCGGGAUUUACAGCGGAAGUUUGAGAACAACUUGACUCUGCUUAGCCCUAAGGAGAGCGAGAAUAAUAACAGCCAGAAGUCGGCUCACUCGGCACGGCUGGACAGCAUGGACAGCAGUAGUGUGACUGUAGACAGUGGGUUUAACUCCCCUCGCACACGGGAAAGCCUGGCGUCCAACACCUCAAGCAUUGUGGAGAGUAACCGGCGACAGAAUUCGGCCCUAAGUCCAGGCCACAUGGGUACCACCAGCAUCGGCCCCCCAUUCAGCUUCCGUGCAAUCCCAGAGCCCCCCACAACACAACCUGAGAAACUGCAGAAAUCCCCCAACUGCCUUGCCUCCAUCACCAGCGUCUGACACGGGCCUAUCUGGGUUGACGUAGGGUCAGGGUGAUCUGCAAUGUUGGGGUGCCUAAGUGCAGGAGGUUGGGUGAUUCGCUCCAUCAAGCACCUCGACUACAUGGGGACUGUUAAACCCACAGGCAUGGCUUCCAGAGACUGUUCCCACAGCAUAAAUGGUCACUGCAAAAAACAAAAUUAAAAGGGAAAAACAUGGAAAAGGAAAUUUCACAUAAUAGGAUUAUUUACCCUAACAAGCAAUUAAUCAGGAAAUUCUCCAGUCGGAAUCAACCAUUAUUUUCAAGAUAGGCUUGAAGUAACUGGUAAUUUAAUAAUGUUUUGUUUUCGAGAGUAUUUUUGUCAGCCACAGAUUAGAGAUCAUCCAGCCAGUGGAUUAAGUUUGCACGCAUUAAGAAAUAGAUGCUGAUGUGCAGGUCAAAGGUAUUAUUGGUAUGCAGUACAAAAAAAAUGUAAGGCAUAAAAGCCCUAAUCUGAGCAACAUUUAAUUCAUGGUUCAUAAAGUUGUAUAAUAUUCCUAAAAAUAAAUACAUUUGUCAUGACACUGUUAGCUACAUUGGUGACAAUAAGAAUCAUACUCACAUGCUUAAUAAAACAAUACAUAGACUGAAUUAGUGGGAAAAAAAUGAUCUCAUUCUGAAAUUAAGGCUUUUUU